AUGUCGGCGACAGGCUAUGCCAGUGGCUUUCAACAGUAUCCCAUAAACUUCUGGCUCUGCACGCUCCUGUUAUUUCUCGUGGAGCUCGGUUGUGCGAUCCUUGCUGCCCCUUCGCCAAUGCUUCUAGAGACAGCCGUUUGUCGGUACCAUUUUGAGAAAGGCAGACAACUUCUUAAUGGAGAGCCAGCAGAUGAGUUUUGCAGGAGCAAGGAGGUACAAGUGCAUUUCGCAUUCGUGAUAACUGUGCUAUCAACGCUGUCGACAUUGGCUGCGACGAUGAUGCAAGUCCCCAUGGGCCUCCUUGGGGAUAAAGGCGGCCUUCGGCUUGCCUUUUUGCUGAAUGCCACCAGUACUAUCUUUUACUGGGGAUGCAUAGCAAUAGUAGGAUCGCAGCAAAACCUUCCACUCUGGAGCUUCUAUCUCUCACCAGUAUUCGUUCUCUUAGGAGGAGGACUAUGGGUGACUGGCACACUUGUUUUUGCUGCCGUUAGCGACAGUGUCAAGCCAGAACAGAGGCAUGCUCCAACCUCAUCAUUCUCAACCCCAGAACUGACGUGGCCGUCGUAG